GCCACUUGAAAUAUCGAUAAGAUCUUAAACGUAUUCAAAUUUGUGUUUGCUGGCGAAGAAUUUCUUCUCCAUCCCUUCUGUUCAUUAUCACGCUAAUAAGUUUCUUCCCGACAAAUCUCUAAAGCGACUGAAUCUCCAUGGAUACGCACGUUGCCAUCGACCCCACCAGUGGCUAUUGCUCUGAAACCAAAACAUUCCACAGCCUCCGACCGCCGGUCUCCUUGCCCGCCUCCGAUCAGCCACUUUCCGUUGCCCAACACGCCUUCUCCCUGCUUCGUUUGCCCGAAACCGCCGCUUCAGAGACCUUCCUCAUUGACGCCUCCACCGGCCUGAAGCUCUCUUACGCCGAUUUCCUCCGCCAGACCCGUUCUCUCGCCACCUCUAUUAAAUCUCGGUUUCCCAAACUUGCUCGGAAUGCUGUCGCUCUCUUGGUUUUGCCGACUUCCGCUCACGUGCCGGUUGUAUUCUUCUCUCUGCUUUCUCUCGGCGUCGUCGUUUCUCCUGCCAACCCGCUCUCCACGCCCAGCGAGUUGGCUCACAUUGUCGGACUCAGUAAACCCGCUCUGGCUUUCGCUACUUCCGCCACUUCUAACAAACUCCCUCAAUUGCCGCUUGGAACCGUUCUCGUUGAUUCACCCGAAUUUACCGAAAUGCUCGAGGCCAGAUCUUCUAGCGGUGACGAAUCGUCCAAUCGCGGAAUCAUGCAGUCCGAUACUGCAGCCAUUCUAUACUCGUCCGGUACGACCGGCCGAGUCAAGGGCGUCGAGGUGACUCACCGUAACUUUAUCGCUCUCAUCACCGUCCUGUACCACAACAAAUUUUCAGACGGAACUUCCCUGGCGCCGCAGGUUGAUAUAGCGCUUCUACUAUUGCCGCUAUUUCACGUGUUUGGCUUUUUUAUGGUUCUAAGAGCAGUGUCGAUGGGGGAGACGGUAGUAUUAAUGGACAGGUUCGACUUCGGAAAAAUGUUGGCGGCGAUUCAUAAAUACAGGGUAACCUACCUUCCAGCCUCACCUCCGCUGGUUGUGGCAAUGGCGAAGUCCGAUUUGGUGAAGAAGUACGACCUAAGCUCCCUUAAGGUGAUCGCCUCCGGCGGCGCGCCGCUCGGGAGGGACAUCGCGGAGCGCUUCAAGGCGAGGUUCCCCCAUGUGGAUGUUAUCCAGGGAUAUGGUAUGACUGAGACAUCAGGGUCAGUUACUGGGAUGAAAAGCCCUGAGGAGUCUGUCAGGUAUGGUUCUGCUGGCCGACUUCUUCCAACCGUAGAAGCUAAGAUAGUUGAUCCUGAAAGUGGGGCAGCAUUGCCUCCCGGACAGCGCGGUGAGCUGUGGAUGCGUGGACCUUUAAUGAUGAAAGGUUAUAUUGGAGAUAGUUCGGCCACUUCUGCUACAUUAGAUUCAGAAGGCUGGCUAAGAACAGGAGAUCUUUGUUAUUUUGACUCGGCUGGGUUUCUAUAUAUCGUGGACCGGUUGAAGGAAUUGAUAAAAUACAAUGCCUAUCAGGUUCCUCCUGCAGAGUUAGAACAUUUACUUCAGUCAAUCCCUGAUGUUGCUGAUGCUGCUGUUAUUCCAUAUCCGGAUGAAGAAGCAGGAGAGAUUCCAAUGGCAUAUGUUGUGAGAGUGCCUGGAAGCAACAUCACAGGAACUCAAAUUAUGGAUAUUAUUGCAAAACAGGUUGCGCCUUACAAGAAGAUAAGACGCGUCUCCUUUAUCAGUUCCAUUCCUAAAUCUCAGGCUGGAAAGAUCUUGAGAAGAGAACUGGUUACGCAUGCUGUUUCUGCUGCUUCAGCCAAACUAUGAUCCAUCAGCCCACAUAUUUUGAUGUUUAGGCACAUUUUGAAAUUUAUGUGAUUAUUUCAUUUUACUUUUAAUAUGAUUUGAUUGUAUGCUGUUCAAUAAAAUUGUAAUAAGUUUUAUAAAUAAUGGAGCACAUCCUUCCUCUUGCAAUGUUAUAUAUGAUAUCUG